CUAAAGAUGUUUUUUUUUACAUUUGCAUAUUCUUUUGCUAUUACAUAGCUACUGUGGUUUCAAUAACAAGGAAUUAAAUCGAAAAUCAGAUAAUGUCAACCACAUUAUUUUAAAGAGAUCCCAAGUGUCUUUGCGGAUUUCUAUUUUAUAAACUCUUAAAAGAGGUAAACAAAACUUGUUUAUGCUUCACACGAUUUCGUGAUGCGUAAAGGACAAAAACAGAGUCAUGCCAUUGCAGACAUUGCAGCCAGUAGUGAAUUUAUGUCUCACAUUUGCCUAUCGACCGGUAGUUAUUGUCCAUGGCAUUCUCACAGGUGCGGAUAGUAUGCUUCUCAUGGUCAAUGAAAUACAAAGACAUCACCCAGGUACAGUCGUGUACAACGCAGAUCGUUUCGAGGGAUGGUCCAGCUUGGAGAAUGCUUGGCAUCAAGUGUUCGAGUUCAAUGGUGAUUUGCAGAAAAUUUGUGAAAAACAUCCAGAUGGAGUGAUACUGCUCGGAUACUCGCAAGGUGGUCUGCUAGCUAGGGCGGUACUGCAAAUAUAUCCAGAACAUUGUGUGAAGAAAUUCAUAUCGCUGAGCUCGCCACAAGCCGGCCAAUUCGGAACCGACUUCCUACAUCUAAUUUUUCCCUCUCUGGUUGCGAAAACAGCCUACCAGCUGUUCUACACAUACGUCGGGCAGCACACUUCAGUAGGCAACUACUGGAAUGAUCCGCAUCAUCAGGAUCUGUUUGAAGAGUUCAGCAUAUUUCUGCCCUACAUCAACAAUGAUCUUCCAUCGACAAAUUCAUCACAGUUUAGGGAAUCGAUGCUUCAGCUGGAGCAGUUGGUUCUGAUUGGAGGACCGGACGACGGUGUUAUCACACCAUGGGAAUCAAGUCAUUUUGGAUAUUACAACGGAUCCGAUGAAGUGAUUCCAUGUAAAAAGCGGAAAAUAUAUCUGGAAGACCGCAUAGGACUACAGAGCUUGGACAGAGAUGGAAGACUGAAGUUGAUAACCGUACCCGGAGUAAAGCAUUACGAAUGGCAUCUCAAUAUCGACGUAGUAGAUGAAGUUGUUCUACCUCAUUUAGAUUAGACUGAUGUGUUUAUAUGUUGAGAAGUUAGGUUAUCAAAUUGGAAGAAUGUGUUGAAAAUAUUAAAAAUAGAAAUGGUGUUUGAGUUCAAAAAUACGUAAAUUGAUAAUUUUAGAUGAAAAGAAGACUUAAUAAUAAUGAAUUCACCUUA